CGCCCUGCGUAGUCCGGUGAUAUCAAUAAAGUUGCAGCGAUUUGUUGUUGCGGUGGACAACAUGGCGGCCUCCGUGCUGUGCUCCGUGCUGCGGCCUAUCCGGCAGGUAGUUCCAUCCUCAGCUUCAGGCCAAGUUAGAGGUUACUAUGUAGACUGGAAAAUGUUGCGUGAUGUGAAGAGACGAAAAAUGGCCUAUGAAUAUGCAGAUGAGAGGCUGCGAAUCAAUUCGCUCAGGAAGAAUACCAUUUUGCCACAAGAUCUUCAGGAAGUGGCUGAUGGAGAAAUUGCUGCCCUUCCUCGGGAUAGCUGUCCUGUUAGAAUCAGAAAUCGUUGCGUUAUGACAUCCCGUCCACGUGGUGUGAAGCGGCGCUGGAGGCUUAGUCGUAUUGUCUUCCGUCACUUAGCGGACCAUGGCCAGCUUUCUGGAGUCCAGAGAGCAAUAUGGUAAAUCAGCUCCAAAACCCACUGAGAUUUCCAUAAAAGGGAGAUUUCAAUAAACAAAACCCUAAUUUUUAUAGGGAUCCAGUGUAUUUGUCUACCUGAUGCUGUCUAUAAUUAAAGUACUUUUGCAUUUUAA